AUGACAUUUGAUGCAGAAGAUGUCGAGGAAGACAUGGAGGACCACAACGAUCCUUUGGUUCUCACGUUACCAGUAGCAGGGUGCAACGUCAAGAAGAUUCUGACUGACGGAGGGAGUUCAAUAAACGUCUUGUUUUAUGAUACGUACAAACGAAUGGAAAUGAAUGAUGAUCAACUGAUGUCUUCUUACUAUACCAUCUAUGGAUUCAACGGUGCACCAACGAAGCCUCUAGGAGACAUUGUGUUACAAGUGAAGGCAGGCCCAAUAAAAGUCGAUACACGAUUCAGCGUGGUAGACGUUCCUUCUCCCUACAACACCAUCAUCGGCGAAGAUGGGUGCACAAACUCAAAGGAUUAG